CGAGCCAACACGAUCGAUUUGAACCAAGGAACGUUAGUAGAUGAUCGUGGUUAAGAUAAUUUUGAAACUAUCUUCGUCUUCCUACAAAUGCGCCACCUGGUAACCAAACCUGCAGUCAGUAACUGGCAAAAUGGCGCUCAAGGGACAGGUCGGUCAGAAGAUUAUGAAUGAGGUCAUUAAACAAAAAAAGGCCUCAGGAAGUGGUGUACAAUGGCGCAUUUUGGUAGUGGAUCAAUUAGCCAUGCGGAUGGUGUCGGCAUGCUGCAAAAUGCACGAUAUCAGUGCCCAAGGCAUUACCUUGGUCGAAGAUAUCAACAAAAAACGGGAACCCCUACCCACCAUGGAGGCGAUCUAUCUCAUAACACCAUGCAAUUUAUCCGUUCAAAAACUGAUCGAAGACUUCAGCAAUCCAACUGGGACUAUUUACAAAGUCGCCCACGUCUAUUUUACAGAAGCGUGUCCUGAUGAGUUGUUCAAAGACUUGUGUCACUCGCUGGUAGCUAAACGCAUAAAGACACUAAAAGAGAUCAACAUCGCUUUCAUACCGUACGAGAAACAGGUCUUCUCCUUGGACUCGCGCGAAACAUUCCCUUGCUUUUAUAAUGCUUCCUUCUCCAACUUGAGGACAGCCAACAUGGAAAGAAUAGCCGAACAGAUCGCGACACUCUGUUCCACCCUUGGAGAGUAUCCAUCAGUCAGAUACCGAAGUGACUUCGACCGAAACGUGGAGCUAGCCCACAUGGUUCAACAGAAAUUAGAUGCCUAUAAAGCGGAUGAACCGACGAUGGGAGAAGGACCCGAGAAAGCGCGUUCUCAAUUGUUAAUUCUGGAUAGAGGAUUUGACUGUGUCUCUCCGCUGCUGCACGAGUUGACGUUACAAGCUAUGGCAUAUGAUUUAUUAGACAUUGAGAACGAUGUUUACAGGUUCGAAGCAUCAGCAGGAGUACAAAAGGAAGUAUUAUUGGAUGAGAAUGAUGACUUGUGGAUAGAGCUUAGACAUCAACAUAUUGCCGUAGUUUCACAAAAGGUUACCAAAAAGCUGAAGAACUUCACGGAAUCGAAGAGAAUGCCGCAAGGAGACAAACAAAGUAUGCGGGACCUUUCACAGAUGAUCAAGAAAAUGCCACAGUACCAGAAAGAAUUGAGCAAAUACGCAACCCAUUUACAAUUAGCAGAAGAUUGUAUGAAACGUUAUCAAGGAAGUGUGGAUAAGCUCUGCAAAGUGGAACAAGAUUUGGCAAUGGGUACGGAUGCCGAGGGCGAGCGUAUCAAAGAUCAAAUGAAAAACAUUACUCCAAUUUUACUCGAUCAAACCGUACAUCAUUUAGACAAGCUACGAAUUAUCGCCUUGUACGUUAUUAGUAAAAGCGGUAUUUCUGACGAGAAUCUUAACCGUUUAGUUCAUCAUGCCCAAAUAUCUGCCGAUGACAAGCAAACUAUAGUGAAUAUGGCAAAUCUUGGUAUCAAUAUUGUUGUAGAUGGUAGCAACCGUAAGAAAUUGUAUACUGUACAACGUAAAGAAAGAAUUACGGAACAAACUUACCAAAUGAGUCGCUGGACACCGAUCAUGAAAGACAUCAUGGAAGACGCCAUUGAAGACAAACUAGAUUCUAAACAUUUCCCAUUUUUAGCAGGACGUGCAGCAAGUUCAGGAUAUCAUGCUCCAACCAGCGCACGAUACGGGCAUUGGCACAAAGAUAAAGGUCAACAAACCAUCAAGAAUGUACCACGUUUAAUCGUCUUCGUAGUCGGUGGUGUUUGUUUCUCUGAAAUACGAUGCGCGUAUGAAGUUACAGAUGCCUUACAAAAUUGGGAAGUAAUAAUUGGUUCGUCGCAUAUAAUCACACCGAAAUCGUUCUUGGAUGAUCUAAGUAAACUUCACGUAUAAGAAAAUCUUUUGAGUAAACAAAACAAAACACACAUUCCCGUAUCCCUAAUAUGCCGUUAGUUUGACUUCAUCAGUAAUACCAGCUACCGGAAACUCUGGACGAUCUCGAUUAUGGAAUUAAAAUACUAAUAGGGGACACGCAGUCAAUUGUUUAGAUCGCACAGACAUCCAGCGAUUAAUUAUGUUUCAGAAUGUCAUAUCAUAAAUAUCCAAAGUUGGUCGAAAUAUAAAGGGUGCUAAAAGGAGGAUACAUUCGGUAUUAAGUGCCUCCGCGAAUAAAAAGUUAAUAGAGAACGAAUAAACAUGUUGGCAAUGAGGCUAGAGAAUGACCUAAGACAUAAUACGUUACUGUAUCCCAAACCACUCAUUUGUUAAUAAUAAAGGCUGGGUUAGCAACGGAAUUUGAUGUAUUGUAGAGGAGAAUCGUGAUAUAUGUGUAAAUUUCUCCUUAUUAACGUUUCGUUAUUUACCGUUCCAAAAACUGAUAGACUGUCGUAUUGACUUGAAGAUUUAAUCUUCAUUUCACUCACAGAAUCAGUAACGCUUAUAAAACUCACAUGAAAAGUAUAAGUAUCACGUGUAACAUGAUUACAUACGCUUUGACCACAUCAAUUUUGAUACAAAAUAUGAUGUGUGCAUUGAUAUUAAUUAAUUACAAUUUUAUUGUUGAGAUAUCUCACUGUAUGAUAAAGCGAUAAAUGUACAUUAACUUAUUUAUUAUAUUUUUGUUAUACAAUUCAUUUAUUAGUCACUGUUUAACUUGCAACACGUCUCUAAUUAUGAUGAUACAAAUGUCGCUUUUAAUUUCCUACAAAGAAAUGUAUUCACGUUCAUCUGAAAAAUGUCCAACUUAUAAAAACUUAUGUCUGUUCAAAUAAAAUUAAAAUCUCUACUGUACGU